AUGGAUGGGAUCGUCCUGGGAGGAACAGCUCGCCAAGCCCCGCCCCCAGACCCAGCCUGUUUCCCAGGGAACCUGGGGAGAAAUCUCCCCUGUUUUACCCAAGAAGGAGAAGGUGACUUAGGAGACAGGAGGAUACUUAGAACAAAAUCUCCCACAGAGUUAAGGCUUAGACUAGGAUUUGGAAAAGGAAAUCGCCUAUGGAGAGAGAACCAUGCAGUUAGUAAUAAUUAUAACGAAAAGUUGGCAUCGUCAGAAACAAAAUCUCCACUGGGCCAGGGGCUUGAAAUGAGAUUAGAAAGACAGGCUUUGCCUGGGACUUUAAGGGAGAAGGAUAAUUUAGGAGUUGAUAGGGUAUCCGAUUUCAGGGGGACACAGGAAAAAAAGCCCACCUGUGUUGUAGUUAAACCCAGCAUAGAGAUGGACUCUGUGAAGGUAGACAUUGGGCUUCCCAUAGCUGACAGGUCCAAUGAAACUAAGGAGCUAGAGCCCCAAAUGGGCUUGGUGAUUGAACCCCCUCAGAACCAGUUUGUCGAACAACCUAAAGAGAAAAAGGAGCCUGAAAACAUUGAACCAGGAGUGGAACCUCCACACUGCAUCAGACCCAUAUACUCUGGAAAAUAUUUUGACCGGACGCCUUGCUGGCCAAUUGCAGGAAAAGUUAAACCAGUUGGAUACAGAGUUGCAACUUGUCUGACUGAAAAACUUCCUAGGCUGAUUACUCCACCUGAGGCAAAAAAGUACUUCAACUUCAGAUAUCCACCUCCUGGAGAAGAAAGAAUAUUCUAUGGCAGAGCAAAUGAUCCCCAAGUUGCACCAUAUUUGACCCAUGGGAUAAGUUCUAAAAGUUCAAUAUCGGCACGCACAUUGAUAAACCCACAGCCCAUCAGCAGAUUUCAACAGCUAAUUAAAGAUAAAAAAGAAUCCCUGUAUCUUAGCAAUCAACGAGCACCAUUAGGAAGAUCUCAAGAUCAAACACCAGGAUUACCUAAAGGACUGGAUAUACUCAAUACAACAUUUGGGACAGCAGUCAUCAAAGAUUUCUCUGCUAGAGAAGUAGUGAACCCACCCAAAUCCCAUGAAGAAGUGCUUAAAGAAGGAAAUGAGGGACAUGAUUUGUAUGUUGUGACUCACAAUGAUUAUUAUGCCGGAGAAGCCAAGAACCGGAAAUAUAACACAUCAAGUUUCCAAAAGUCCAACUUAUUUGGAGUCCCAACACCACAUUAUAAUAAUGGGAAAAACAUGGCAAAAAGUUUAUAUUGGCUCCAUGAACUACAAAUGAAAAAAGGAAGUAAAAUUGUAUCCAAGAGAGUAGAUGAUUUCAAUGAAAAGUUUCAACAUAAACUUGGAAGAGUUUUAGAUCCCGUUGCAGAUACAAUGAAUAUCCCCCCAGGCUACACCUUUGGAGGCUGCCUCCAUCCUGAGAUAUAUGGAGCUGGUGAUCUUAUCCAUAAUAGGCCUUUGGCAGAAUGCCUUCGAGGGAAAGAUAGACAACGAGCUAUGAUUGCAGCCAUCCGACAUCACCUGAAGAAAUUUAAUUACCAAAACUUUGACAGUUUGCUGGAAGCCUUUCAUUAUUAUGACAAGAAUGGAGAUGCAAUGAUAGAUAAAGCAGAGCUGCUAGGAGCUUGUCACCAGGCCAAUUUACGUUUGGAUAUGAAGCUCCUGGACCAACUAUUUGACUACUGUGAUGUGGAUAAUGAUGGCAUGAUUAACUAUCUAGAAUUUGCAAAUUUUCUGAACUGGAAAGACACAUUUCUUCUUAAAGACUAUGAAAAAAGAGUCAUUAUUAAAGGUAGAAAAUCAGACUGCGCAUCUCCCAGUGAGGCUAACUCAGAAGAAAUGGAAUCAACUCUGCUGAUUCAGCCUGAAGAUCUUGUCCCAAAAGAACCAGGGAGCUCAGAGCAGACUCUGCGGACACUUCUGAGACCGAGCGAUAAAGUUUCUCACUAUUAUAAGACAACUUCUUCUGAGAUCAAUGCAGUUGUUGGAGCUGUUCCAUCUAUUUGUUACCCCAUCUUUGGUGUUCCGACCAUCCGAUCUGAUAUUCCUGUCCCACGAAUUCGUCGCGUCAGUGACAGAACAAAUUAUGGCGAAGAGGGUGAUGCUUACUCGUUACUGUAUCCUAACAUCUUUGCCCAGAAAGGAGUGUAUGAAAACGAUUUCUUCCAGACUAGAUCGAAAGAAGAGAUUAAAAAGAUACUAUGUAACAUCGGUGUCCGACUUUCUGAAGAGGAAUUUGAGUACGUAUGGAACCUGGCAUCCAAGAAACAUCACAGGGGGGAAGUGUGUGUGGAGACCAUCAGGAAUGCACUGCAUGAGCUGCAGCAGAGAGACCUGACCAAGUGCAACACAGGCCCGUGAGCUGUGCUGGAGCUCCGUGUUCAUCUAAAAUGUUCAACCCAUUCUGGCUACCGAUAUUGUCGAAGAAUUCA